UGAAUCGAAUCUUUCCAAGUGGCAACAGUUCUUUGUUUCUUAUAAUUUACACACAUUCACUCUACAACUACAAUGUAGUUUCUCCCAUCCUCAUACAAUACAUCACACAGCCAUGAACGGUGGAGACGGUCCUUCUAGCUAUGCUCGCAACUCCUCCUAUCAGAGGGGAGCCAUUGACGCUGCUGAAGCACUCCUUAGGAAGGAGAUCCAGAAGCGUCUCGACCUCACCAACCAUACAUUCUCUACAUUCACCAUCGCUGACUUUGGAUGUUCCUCUGGCCCCAACACCCUUCUUGCUGUAGACAUCAUCAUUCAAGCUCUCCUCCACAAGUUCAGAUCCUCUACGGCUAAUGUUAAAACCCCUGAGUUUCAAGUCUUCUUCAACGACCUCUCGCACACUGAUUUUAAUGCACUCUUUGCUUUGCUCCCUCCUCAGAGUCAACGCCCCUACUUCUUGGCAGGGGUCCCUGGCUCUUUUUAUGGAAACUUGUUUCCCAAGGCAUCUCUCAACUUGGCCUAUUCCUCUUGUGCUCUCUGUUGGCUCUCCGACGUGCCACCAGAGCUAAGUGACACAACCUCUCCUGCUUACAACGGAGGCAGGAUUCAUUACACAGGAGCAUCAGCAGAGGUUGCACAGGCCUACUCUCGUCAGUACAAAAAGGAUGUCAAGUCUUUCCUUGUUGCAAGAUCACGGGAGCUCGCAGAAGACGGGCUGAUGGCAUUGAUUGUGCCCGGUGUACCAGAUGGGUUUCUCGAUUCUCAGGCUUCAACGGGAUCCGAGUUCGAUCUCGUGGGCUCAUGCCUCAUGGACAUGGCCAGAGAGGGACGAAUCAAGGAGGAGGAUGUAGACAGUUUCAACCUGCCUAUCUAUUACACAACUCCAAAGGAACUGGAAGAGAUCAUCAGAAGCGACGGGGAGCUCAAAAUCGAGAAGAUGGGGACACUGGAUGGUGUGGACGCACACGACACCAUGCCUGACCUUGAAUCGAGGGUCCUGUACCUCAGAGCGGUCCUGGAACGUCUCAUUCGCACCCACUUUGGCCACCAAAUCCUUGACGAGCUGUUUGACCGCUACUCUCUCAAACUUUCUCAGUCCUCUUUCUUCCUCUAUCCUCAAACCCACAAAUCCAUCAUGAUCUUUACCUUUCUCACUCGCCUUAGUUACAUUUGAUACAUGUUCUCCAAUUUCAACUAAUAAUAAGCAAGGGUUUACCUU